AGUGCUGCAAAUGAGAUGAAGCUCUGUUGAAAAGUCGAGAGCUCCAGCCCCUUCCUCACGGAGCCGGAGCUCAUUCUUCCCUGUGGAUGUGUAGAAGAAACGUUGAACUGCUGACGGGACGAGGGGAAAAAAGAAAAGAAAAGAAAAGAAAAAAAAAAAAAAAACACAGCACGAGCGAAAGGAGGACGAUAGAGGCUGUCUCAGUCUACUUUUGUGCUCUGAUGUCACAAACACAUGACCCAGCCUCUCCAGUAACAGCCCACAAGGAGGGGGGAAAAAGUGUGUUUGAAAGCAUACACGUUUUUUGGAUGGUGAGAAUGUUUCAUUCCCCUCACAAACAACCACAGAACCACAAGUGCGGUGCGAUCGCUUUGCCCAGGACGAGCGCAGGGAGCCACUGGGGCGUAAAUGGUUAAUCGGCACGGGUCAACCCCACUCCCAGAGACCCGACAAGUCAUUUAGCACCUCAAGGGUCACGGCGACCUCGAAAGGAGACGUUAUCUGGCGAGGAUAUAACCAAGUGUGGCGAUGGCAUCUAACAGCCUUUUCAGCUCGGUCACUCCGUGUCAGCAAAACUUCUUCUGGGAUCCGAGCAGCAGCAGGAGGUUCAGCCCGCCGUCCAACGGAGUGCAGGCUCUGCCCGGGAAAGCGGCGGAUGCGAGCGCGGCGGGAGCGACGCAGCACGAGGCGAACACGGCGGCGGCGGUGCCGAGACUGCGCGCGCACGACAAUCGCACCAUGGUGGAGAUCAUCGCCGACCACCCCGCCGAGCUCGUGCGCACCGACAGCCCCAACUUCCUCUGCUCCGUGCUGCCGUCUCACUGGAGGUGUAACAAAACCCUGCCGGUCGCCUUCAAGGUUGUUGCACUGGGGGAUGUUCCUGAUGGAACAGUGGUAACAGUUAUGGCAGGAAACGAUGAGAACUACUCGGCAGAGCUGCGGAAUGCCUCCGCUGUCAUGAAGAAUCAAGUGGCACGCUUUAACGACCUGAGGUUCGUCGGGAGGAGUGGGCGAGGGAAGAGCUUCACUCUGACAAUCACAGUAUUCACCAACCCUCCUCAAGUGGCCACUUACCACCGAGCCAUAAAGGUCACAGUGGACGGACCACGAGAACCAAGGAGACACAGGCAGAAGCUGGAGGACCCUCCAAAACCAGGGUUGUUCUCUGAGCGCCUGAGUGAACUCGAACGCCUGCGCCACAGCACCAUGAGGGUUGCCGUGCCCACGCAGAGCCCCCGGCCGUCCCUCAACGCUGCAGCAAACUCCUUCAGCCCACAGGGACAGACACAGAUCUCAGACCCACGGCAGUCACAGUCGUCUCCUCCAUGGUCGUAUGAGCAGCCAUACACCCCCUACCUGACCCAGAUGACUUCUCCUUCUAUCCACUCUACCACUCCGCUCUCCUCCACCCGAGCCACAGGCCUGCCCGCCAUCAGUGAUGUACCAAGACGUCUCUCAGGUACAUCAGAUCUGAGCCCUUUUGCAGCCGACCCACGCCAGUUCGAGCGCCAGUUUCCCAGCCUGUCAUCUCUUACCGAGACACGCUUCUCUAGUCCCAGGAUGCACUACCCCGCCACAUUCACCUACACACCGACCCCUGUGACAUCAGGCAUGUCUCUAGGCAUGUCCAGCACCACCCACUACCAUACUUACCUGCCACCUCCAUACCCAGGUUCCACCCAGAACCAGAGCGGGCCAUUCCAGACCAGCAGCACACCAUAUCUGUACUACGGGGCUUCAUCUGGCUCGUACCAAUUCUCCAUGGUGCCAGGGGGGGAACGCUCCCCAACACGGAUGCUGCCACCAUGCACCAGCGCCUCAACAGGCAUCAACCCAAAUCUGCCAGCUCAGACUGAAGGCACCGAGGCCGACGGCAGCCAUAGCAGCUCACCCACCGCACUCAACUCUAGCGGGAGGAUGGACGAGUCUGUGUGGCGGCCAUAUUGAAAAGGGAAAAUAUUUGGAGGGUUACACAGGUCUACGUAGCAAUGCUCGCAAGCUACGCAAAUCUCGGUAGAAAUAGUCCUUAUGGAAUUGGUUUCUAAGCACAAAUGCUACAAAUUGCGCAGUUCAGAGAGCAGUGUAACUUUAGUACUUUAAGUUACGAGUCCAGGCAUUAUUCCACUGCAGAACCGCUGAGAGCCAUGCCAGCGCUCUGUUGCUGAACUGAACUGGUAGAAGAACUUUUAUUGUAUUAGGUAUGUGCUUCCCAGACUAUUGACUGAGACUGUUUUCAUACUAACUCAGUGUAUUUUGAAAUUUUUUAACACUGAACAUCUUUUUUUUUAAUUUAUGAGUGAAAAGUCAGAUAUAUUAGACGGUACCUGAUUAUGUACAUGCCCUCAGAUGUUUUUAAUUUAUGUAUAAAAUUGUAGCAGAUAUGGUACUAAGAAGCAAUAUAAGCCAUAUAAAACAUAAAUUAUGCAAAGUUGUUAGAGGGACAAAAUUUAAGACGCUUGAAUAAUAUUUUGGGAAUGAUUAAUAACUUAAUUGUAUAUUUACUCUUUAGUAAUUUAAAAUGUUUUUUUUAUCUUUAUUGUAAGGCAAAUACAUAUCCAAUAUGUAAACAAUGAAGGAAAGAUGUCAGACUCAGAUCAAUUUUUUAUUAUUAUUAUUAUUAUUUUAUUUUAUUUUUUUGCUUGGGUGCUUGGGUUGUUGCUUUCCUCCUUAGAAAGCUGCAUUCAUAGGGAGGGGCAUUUGGCUUAAAAAUUGAGAGGCACUUGCAAAGAUAACAAGAGCCAAGUCUUGAACUGAGUCAAGCAUCUAUUUACACAUAUGUGACAUAUUCCUCUCUCGGUUAUUAUUCUGACUUUGUUUAUCCGAUGUUUGAUCAAGUUAAUUUAUUUUUUCAACUUGUCGUUUAUUUAAUGAUAUUGAGUGACUACGAGCAAGACCAAUAGCACGCAGCAAUCGUCUCACUCUUUCCAUGUUCACGAGGAGCUGUGUUCAGGCUGCCUAGAUUUCUUUCAGUUUACAGCACCCUUACAAUCACAAUACAUGUUUCAGUCAUGAGCUCUGAAUACAUGUACAACGUACACAAUCAGUAUGAGGAAUCGGCCUUUAAUUCUUAACUGGACCAUUAACUGUGCGUGUAUGAGGUCAGGUGAACACUAUGCAAGAAAAUAUGUAUAAAAAAUAUUUUUUACAAAAACUAUCAAAUGGAUCGCAUUUUGCUUUUGUCCAUGUAUACGUCCGAGAAAUAUCACUUCAUGACAUGUGGAAAAAUGUACAUCAGAUGUUCCAGGUCAUUUACUACAAGACUAGAGAAUUGAGCAUGUUAUAUUUCAUAAUGCAGAUUUCGUAAGCAGAUAUUCCAGAAUACAGACAAUCGGCCAUGUUUAGCCAUCUAAAUUACUUACUUAAUACUGUUAGCAUUUUUUUGUUUCUAAUUGUAAUUCUAAACUUAUUUAUUACUUGGUGAACCAUGUGUCAAGAUUGAUUUCUUACUGACAAGAGAUCUGCAAAAAUUUCACCAAUUUUAUAUUUGUAAUGGUGUCAUUUUUUUUUUUUUUACGAGAUUUAAUCACAGUCUUUGAACAUGUGUGUGUGUUUGUGUGUUUGUGUGUUUGUUUUUUGGAUUUAGACAACACGUGAUACUUCAUUUGUAAAUUGUAACUUAAGAGGCUGCAGGCAGCACCCGGGGAAACCAAUGUCAUUUUUUUUUGGUUUUAUCUGGAUCAAAGCACUUCUUUUAUUUUCUUUUUGUCUUUGCUUGGUUUCGAAUAAAGCCUCGAUGCCAUGGGGGAAAGGGAACAGCUAAACAGCCAAUCACAAGAUCACAAGAGUCAUCACUUCGGUACAGAGCUCGAGCCAGUUUGAGUUUACAACUAAUACCUGAACACACACAGUAAUUAAGCAAUAUUUGAUAUUCUUGUGUGUGUAUGUAUGUGUGUGUGUUACGGUACUGCUACAAUAUGAAUCAGGGUUUUAACUUGGAUAUAAACUGGACUGACUGUUGGUGAGAGCACAAAAAUGUCACUCUUGCUCAAAGUGAUCAUAGAGUUUUCCAGCAUCUGUUUUUAAAUCGGAUUCUUCUUUUUUUUUUUUUUUUACUGUUGUCUUUUGGCUGUGAGAAGAGCGAACAUGUUUACAAUACUGCAAAAGACUUAAAGAACCUCUGCACUGUUACCAUAAUUGAAAUAAUUUCUGAUAACUGCUUUAUGCCAGUGAUGAGUAAUACCCAAAGGUUGACUUGUUCUGUGUGAAUUAUGUUUUAGUGACACUGCAAAGUCUCGCAAGCAGUUUUGGGUUUGCAUCAAAUAGCUGACAAAUGUGCGGCUCAUGUCGGAGCCCUGAGCUUUAUGAAUGGCCUAGCGAGUAAUGUUAAUCAGGAGCUGUGGUCAGCAAAUCCGCUGCUGGAGUCAGUUCCAGGAUUUUUCAUCUCCAAGUGAAAUCCAGCACACUCGGAGUUGACUGAUUGGCGGCGUUCACUGCUUUGAGGUCUUCGAGGGUCACUUGGGUUUCAUAACUAACCAAAAAUGAAUUUUCCCCUCUGAUUAAGUGAACUAGGAGAGGCUUAAGGAGAGGCCUGCAGGCUGAGAACAGGAAUAAGUCACAGCGAGUAGAUUCAGAUUGGCCAGUUGAAAGCAGCAAAUGCAAAAUUCGGCACGGUAUGUUAGAACAUGUCUCUCAAAUACAGUGUUUUGCAUGUAAAAUUUUGGGAAUAAACCCUUUUAUACAUAAAUAUGCAUUGUUUUGAAUAACCUUCAUAGACAUUUAGUUUGUAAACUGCUGCAGAACGUUUUGUUUACUUUUACCAUUGCUUUCCAUGCACAUACUGUACAGAUUUGUAUGUCUAGUUGAUCAGUCACCCUGGUUUUCUGUCUCACAUCUAUUCAUCAUCUGAACUCAUUUAUUUGUGAAACUUCCAGUAGUUUCUGUAGGACUAACAGGUCCUUUAAAAAUUGUGAGAUUGUUAAACAUUUCUAAUGAUUGUAUCAUUGGUCUUGGAGAAUAAAAAGAAAGAUUUUGUUAAAAA